GUGGCCGAGGCAGGGGAGCGAAGGCUGAAGAGGAAGGCACCGUUCAGCAGACACCACAGAAGCAGAAGAGGAAGCAGGAGGAUGCAUCAGCCUUGCCGGCUAAGAAAGCCAAGAUUCCGGAUCAGUCCAAAGAUUCCCCGCUAGCCGCCCCGAAAGCCAAGGGCAAGGCAAAGCCAGGCCCUAAAGAUUCCCGGCCAGCGGCCCCGAAAGCCAAGGGCAAGGCAAAGCCAGGCCCCACAGAUUCCCCGCCAGCGGCCCCGAAAGCCAAGGGCAAGGCAAAGCCAGGCCCCAAGAACAAAGCCGAGCCGAAGACAAAUCGAUCCAAACCGGAGAAGGCCGAGGCCAAGGACAAGCCGAAGGAUCGACACUCUCCCGCGAAAGUGCUAGCUGUUGGUUGUAGCUUCAUUCGAAGCCUGGCGGUGAGCCCAGAGGAGAAGGCUGAGCUCCAGCCGACCAUCCGCAAGUUCCCCCAUUACAAGGUUGUUCCAUAUUGGACAAGAACCACUGCUGCCCUCGAGACGUUUCCCACUCCGGAGGAAAAGAAGAAGAGUUUCUUCAUGAUCGGCCCCGUUCUGGGCAAAAUGCGCCAAAUCUUGAAUUUGGUCAUGGAUGCGGUGGGUAGCUCAGGCACCACCUAUUCAGCUAAGGCUGACAAAUUGGAGCAGGGAGAAUCCAUGGAUGCGGUGAGCUCCUUUGUUGACGAGCACAAGAGGGACUUGAAGCGAGCCUCUGGGAUCGGCUACACGCUUUCCCUUCAGAUUUGGACCGAUUACUUCAACCUGGCACGUCGGCUACCACGCGGCAGCCGGGACCAGUGGGACUCAUCCGGGGUAGUCCGCCGGGUCAAGAAAGAUGGGAAAGUAAAAGUGUUUCUAGGACUGGAGGCCCUCUUCUUCGAGGGACGCAGCAGAGGCCUUGGAACCGUUACAGGAGGCCUCGGAACCGUUACAGAAGGGCUGGAACCGACACCCAUACGAUCUCCGCCGCAGAAGCGCCAAGACAAGAAGGUGACGCCCAAAAAGAUUACUUUCGUGGGUGAGGGGCCAGAUCUAGAGUAUGUGGACUCCCAGCCGGAGCCCGCGUGGUGGGAGGCAUCGGACUGGACGUGGUGGGGUAGUGGGUGGGACUGGGCUGAUUGGAGGAAUGACUGUCAGGCGACGCACCGGCCGACUCGUCAGUAUAGCUGGCGGGAGUAUGAUGUACCCGUAGGGGACCAGCUGCUCAACCGACAGCCCACAGCUGCCAUCGCACAGCAUGUCAUCGACAAAGCAAAUGCACAGGUGCAGGAAAGCGUGGAGGAAACCACCCUGGAGAAGGCAGGGACGGAGGAACCCACCCCCGAGAAGGCAGGGACGGGGAAACCCACCCCAUCCCCGGCCAAGGGCCAAAUGGUGUCGCCUGUGCAGGCAGUCCCCCAGGUGACGACAAGCCCCCCAAAGGAGACCAAGGUGCCGGUGAAGGCUCAGCAAGAGGAUGAGGACAACAGGUGGCGAUGUGAUAAAUUCGGGGCUCCACUCAACGCGAAGGCGCUCUAUCAGCGGUUUUAUCGUGGGGUGAGAAGCCACCUGGUGUAUCAGAUCCAGUUGUAG